AUGAUCAGGGACUUUAUGGUCCAGGGCCUGGCCGCCCUCGAUGCAGUCCCUCACGACGUCGGCGUAGAUCCAUCCCACACGCUCGCCCAGGAACGAGGAGACGGUGGAACUCAGCAUGCGCUUCCUCACCGACUUGAGCUCCUUCCUGCGCACCUUGAUCUCCACAAUGUCCUCGAUGGGCUCCCAGAGAGCGAUUUCCGCAAGAACAAGCCCGAGGCUGUAGAUGUCGUGGGACUUCUUCGACCUGCCCGCGUUGAGUGUCAGGAGGUCCGGAUGUCGGUACAGAUCAUGCUUGUCGGAGAACUCAUGCGACACGGUGACCUCUUCCGAGAAGAUGGGCUCUUUGAGAUUGAUGGUGCGGUCCGGGUCGGCCGCGAAGAGGAUGCUGUCACUACGUACGUCCUUGUGAACCCAGUCGACCGCGUGGAGGUACAACAGCGACGAGGCCAGCAUCUUCGCAAUCUGAAGCCUAGUGUUGAACGCCGGCGGGACACUCAUCUUGCUGAGCAGCUCGCGGAGCGACACCAUGUCGGCGUUCUGGCCGUGCGUGUCGACAGGCCACUUGUACACCAGCGCAUACCCGGGCUUGCCGCUCGCCUCGCUGCGAUAGUAACCCAGGCAUUGAGGGGAGUGGAAUGCCCUCGGUCGGUCGGACGCAGCGAGGAUGGCGGAGAGUUUCUUGACCCGGGUCUCGACGGUUGA